AUGAAUUGGGAAAUGAUGUUUGCAAGUAUAAUCAUACUUCUCGCUGUAGAUUUUGAUGUUGCCGUUGCCGUUGUUAUCUAUUAUGGAUUAAGAAUGAAUGAUACCAAGUUGAAGUUCAAUGAAGAUGGAGGCGGUUUCUUCUUCAAGAGGUCGAAUUCGGAUAGAGGAACCUUGAAUGAUUCACCUGAACAUCCACCUACCGAGCCUCCCUGCGCCUUAUUACCUAGGUAG